AGCUUUGUGACUUUGGCAGCUCCGCCUCCCACAGAUUCCACGACGAAACUGCUUCCGUCUCCCUUGGAUUGUUUUUCAAAUGGAUGUCAGCUCUUCUUCUUCCAAUGAUUUAUCUUUUAUUCCUCAAGUAAGGGCUGAAAAAAUUCCAAAAAUUGGGCAAGAAUUUGAAUCAUUGGAUGAAGCCCAAAAAUUUUACAAUGAAUAUGCAAGGGAGGCCGGAUUUAGUACUCGAAUGUGGACUACUAAUCGAAACAAAAAUAAUGAAAUCAUUAGGAAGGAAUUUGUUUGCUAUAAAGAAGGGGCUCGAGAAAAAGGGGAAUUAAUAUCGGAUGGUAGUAGAAGACGUGGGACAACUAGAGAAGGAUGUAAGGGCAAAAUGGUUGUUGUAAGGUCAACUUCUAAAAUGAGUUUCAUUGUUUCAAUAUUUUGUGAGGUCCAUAAUCAUGUGCUCACAACACCUAGAAAGGUGCAUUUGCUUAGAUCUCACCGUUCUAUGUCAACUGCUAAGAAGGCUUUGACACAACAACUCUCUGCAGCGAAUGUGCCUAUUCACCAACAAAUUAGUAUUAUGGAGUUAGAAGCAGGAAGUCUAGCAAAUAUUAGGUGUAUAGAGAAAGAUUUUUAUAAUGGUCGAAGGGAUGAGGUGAAACUAUUUGCUGGACAUGAUGCUCAAAUGCUAUAUGAGUAUUUUGAAGCAGAAAAGGAAAAAAAUUCAGAAUUCUAUUUUUCAAUCAAUGUGGAUGUAGAAAACAAUAUCAAACAUUGUUUUUGGGCAGAUGCAGAAUGUAGAAAGGCAUACCAGGCUUUUGGGGAUGUAGUAGUAUUUGACACAACUUAUAAUACAAAUCGUUAUGGUAUGAUAUUUGCACCCUUUGUUGGAGUUAAUCAUCAUGGACAAACUACUCUAUUUGCAUGUGCAUUCUUAUGUGAUGAAACAUCAGAGUCGUUCCGAUGGCUUUUGCAGCAGUUGUUGAUAGCUAUGGUAGUUGGUCCACCUAAGAUGAUUAUCACUGAUCAAGAUCCUGCAAUGAGUAAAGCUAUAGCUGAAAUCCUUCCAAACACUUUGCAUAGAUUUUGUAUGUGGCAUAUCUUGAGUAAAUUUUCAGAAAAACUAGAUGUAGUCAAGUGGAAGGAACAUUAUCAACAUUUUCAUAGAUGCAUAUGGAAUUCAGAUAGUCGAGAAGAGUUCGAUGUUCAAUGGGCAGAGGUUAUCGAGUCAAGUGGGUUGAAUACAAAUGAGUGGUUGAAAGCAUUAUACGAUAUUCGUUCCAAGUGGAUUCCUGCAUAUGUUAAUGAUACAUUCUCUGCAGCUUUCAGCAAACAACUUCUACAUCAACCACUGUCUGAUGGAGGACAGUCUUCUACACCUAGUUUGUCUCUAUCAAAGCAGAUUUACAAUGAGCCAGAAAAAGUUAGAGCAAAAGGUUGCGGAAAGAGGCUAAAAGGAGGCAAAGAAAUUGCCACUAAGAACCCCAAAAGGCGUUGUAAUGGUUGUGGAUUAGCAGGGCAAUCACAUGACAAAAGGAAUUGUCCUUUAAUUAUGGGUAAGACGCAGUAGCUUCAUGGCCUCUGCUGUUCAAUUAUUUUAAGGAGGUUGAAUCCUACUGGACAUUAUUAUUUUGAUGUACGGUUAUUCAUAGGUUAUGUUUUUCAUUUUGAGGAUGUUGAAUCCCACUGGAUAUUGCUCAAUGCAUUUUUGGCUUGAGUUGAAAGUGAUCGGUUUUCUAAUCCUUGUUCACAUAUUAGUAUAAUUGGAUUCUAUUUUUGAUAGCUAAUAAUUGAUCUUGCUCUGUUUUGUGCCUGUUUUGAA